UCACGAACAGAAUUUAUGCACAUACAGAUACACACCACUGUGAAGGCAACCACGUUUGAUCAUUUCAGUUGGCUUUGCAGGUCUGUGGUUAUGGAUAAGAUGCAGCUGAUAGCUCUGCUCCUUGUGACUGUAACACAUACACAUGCAAACUAUUCUGCAAUGCAAGCUGUUUUGUCCCAAAAAGGAUUACAAAAAGUAUCUCACUGGUUGACUGACUGGCUGCAGAGUAAACUAAGUACUAUUAAGCUUCCAGAGGUCAGAGGGGAUGUGGAUAUCAAAAUUGGAAAAGUCCACUAUUUUCUUCAUGACAUGUCCAUUCAGCGCUGUGACUUGCCCGAACCGUCUGUAGCAUUUUCAGAGGGAACGGGCAUAUCUCUGCAAGUGGACGGCCUCUCCAUCGCCAUCCAGGGGCGCUGGGAUACAUACUUUGGUAUUAUUCAUGACAGUGGUUGGUUCAAUCUGGUUGUGUAUACCAUCAAUCUCAAUACAGUGUUGCAACUAGGGAGUGACAAUGGACACCUCUACAUCUCAACAGCAGUAUGUUCUGCUGAUGUGGGAAGUGUGCAAGUUCAUUUUCACGGAGGUGCUAGCUUUAUCUUUCAACCAUUUGUAACCAUGUUCAGCUGGAAAAUCAGAGACAGGAUUCAUGAAAAGAUAUGCACAGCAUUUGAACAAAGGAUUGAAGCCAUUGACGGCUACCUAGCGGCUAUGCCAGAUGCCAUAAACAUGGAUCCAUAUGUUUUUAUGAACAUUUCUUUGACAGACUCACCUAUUGUGAUGUACAGUGCACUUGGACUGAACGUAACUGGCGAGUUUUACAGCAUAAACUUUCCUUCCGAACCACCAUUUUCUCCCAACCGUUUUCAGAUGCCAUGGCAAAACAAUUACAUGCUUUCAGUGGGCACAUCUGAGUUCUGUAUUAACUCUGCAGCAUAUGCCUAUCAUAAAUCGGGAGUCUUGUACAUAUUAAUCAACGACGACAUGAUCCCCAAGACCUAUCCAUUCCAUCUGAAUACAAACCAGUUUGGAAUCCUGAUUCCUCAGCUCCCCAAGUUCUAUCCAAACCUGACCAUGAAGGUACUGCUGUAUGCCAGUGACCCUCCAUUAUUUUCCUUUACUGAAAAAGCUAUAAACAUUCACCUGUUUGCUGCAGCCAAAUUCUUUGCCAUCAAGGCAGACACUGAAGUCCCUCUCUUUAGACUGGACAUGGAAUGCUCUUUUAGUACCAAAGCCUCCAUUGACAAACAGCUGCUAAAGGGAGUUUUGCAGAUGAAAAAUUUGACCAUGACACUUGGAGCAACUGAAAUUGGUGAUUUCCCAAUUGCCCCGAUAAAGAAUGUAGUGACUUUCGCAUUGACCAAGAAGGUACUUCCAAAGGUGAAUGCACAACUGAAAGAUGGCCUUCCUUUGCCCGCUGUGAAGGAUUUCACCCUCAAAAAUUCAGUGAUGACCAUUGAAAAUGGCUUUUUGACAAUUGGAACGGACUUUGACCUGCUACACUGAAGCCAUACUUUGGCCCCUGGCCUUCAUUUGGGUUAUAUAUUGGGUUUCAUUUAGUUUAUAAUCUAAUUUGUAUUUUUUCUUUAUUAUUUUGUAUUUUCCAAUUUUCUUUAGUUUAUUGUAUUAAUUAACUUUUCUAUUUAAAUCUAUGGUCUUUUUACUUUUAUUGGUAAAGCACCUUGAAUGAUCUAGUACAUGAAAUGUGUUAUAAAACUCACUUUGUCUCACCCUAUGCUGAACAUGGCCACACUAUUUAUAUCAAGAUAAAGAAAAUGAUGACGCAUUCA